AUGGCACCACAACUAGAUCCCUAUUUCAAGAAGGUCGACGAGUUGGCCGAUUCGUUCAUUGACCGCCUACGAAAAGCCGUUGCGAUUCCAUCAGUGUCUGCGGACGAGGACAAGAGAAAGGAUGUAGUGCGAAUGGGACAAUUCCUCGCUUCUGAGCUCGAGGCUCUAGGCGCAGAGGUCCAACAACGACCUCUGGGCAAACAACCCGGCAAGGAACACCUCGAUCUCCCACCCGUCGUGAUCGCUCGCUACGGCAACGACAAGAACAAGCGCACGAUCCUCGUCUACGGUCACUACGACGUGCAGCCUGCGCUGAUGGAGGACGGCUGGGCCACGGAGCCAUUCAAGCUGACCAUCGACGAGAAAGAUCGAAUGUACGGUCGCGGCAGUACUGACGACAAAGGCCCCGUACUGGGCUGGCUGAACGCCAUUGAAGCGCAUCAGAAAGCCGGAGUCGACUUCCCCGUCAAUCUGCUCUGCUGCUUUGAGGGAAUGGAGGAGUACGGGUCCGAGGGCCUGGACGACUUCAUCAACGCAGAAGCGAAGAAGUUCUUCAAGGACGCCGACGCCGUCUGCAUCUCGGACAACUACUGGCUAGGAACAGAGAAGCCAUGUCUCACAUAUGGUCUGCGCGGGUGCAACUACUACUCAGUCGCCAUCUCCGGGCCAGGACAGGACCUGCACUCCGGCGUGUUUGGUGGCACGGCCCACGAACCCAUGACUGACCUGGUGCAUAUUCUCGGCAAACUGGUCGACACCAAGGGCAAAAUCUUGAUUCCGGGCAUCAACGAAAUGGUCGCCCCGCUGACGGAGGAGGAGAAGGCGCUCUACGGGCCGAUCUCGUAUACCAUGGACAACCUGUACGAGUCGCUAGGCAGCAAAUCGGCCAUCUUCGACGACAAGGAGCGCACCUUGAUGGCGCGCUGGCGGUACCCGUCGCUCUCCAUCCACGGAGUCGAGGGUGCGUUCUCGGCGCCUGGCGCAAAGACCGUCAUUCCGGCCAAAGUGAUUGGCAAGUUCUCCAUCCGCACCGUGCCGGACAUGGAGUCGUCCCAGGUCAACGACGCCGUGUUCAAGUUCAUCAAGGAGGAAUUUGCCAAGCUGGGCUCGAAGAACACUCUCGACGUCUACUGCCAGCACGACGGCAAGUGGUGGGUCGCCAGUCCCAAGCACUGGAAUUUCACCGCUGCCAGCAAGGCCGUCAAGCAGGUCUUUGGCGUCGAGCCCGAUAUGACUCGUGAGGGUGGCAGCAUUCCUGUCACCAUCACCUUCGAGCAGGCUACGGGGAAGAAUGUCUUGUUGCUUCCGAUGGGCAGCAGCACCGACGCCGCCCACAGUAUCAAUGAGAAGCUUGAUCGUAAGAACUACAUUGAGGGCACGAAGCUCUUGGGCGCCUAUCUGCACUAUGUGGCUGAAGAGCCUAUGGUGAAUGCAUGA